AUGGAGUCCGACACUCUAGUUAACUUCAAGGUAACUUGUUCCAAUGAGCCCGCAGUAUUGCGUCGCAUUACGUUCAGAAAGAUAGCGGAUGUCUCUUACCAAGCAUUAUAUUCAAAGCUAUCACUACUUUUCAAGAUUAACGAUUUUAAAAUUCGUUAUACGGAUGAAAAAAAGGAUAUCAUUGCCAUCGAUAACGAUUUUGAUUUGCGAGAAGCUAUAAAACACAUUAAGUCUCAUUCUAAGGAAGGUUCUCGUUUUGUUGUCCGGCUAAUCUUGGAAGUAACAUCCUUUCCUACCAAUCAAGAAUAUCCUAAUUUAUCCAAUUAUAGUCAUUCUGGUACUAACCCAAGCAUAGCGCAGAAUUUUGUUACCCAACCAAACAAUAUGACAGAAGUUAGUAAAUCUAAGAGUAUCCAUCGUCACGACGACAAUCAUGCUUUCUUAUCUAUUCCUCACCCUCCCACUUCUUAUGAAUCCACAAAUUCCGGAAAGUUAGGAAGAAAUUAUCAUAAUGCAAUGUGUGAUUACUGUAAGUCAGUAAUCGUGGGCAUUCGCCAUAAAUGCAUCAAUUGCCCAGAUUUUGAUUUGUGUAACGAUUGUGCUGCCCUUGCACCAACCCAACAUCCAGGUCACACUUUUAUACCGAUUCAUAGAACCGGUGAACCUGAAAUCAAACCUUCCAAUUCUGUAUUCCACCCUGGAAUCAGAUGUGAUGCUUGCGGAAAAGCAAUUCGUGGUGUUAGAUAUAAGUGUGGUAACUGCAUUGACUUUGAUUUGUGUGGAAAUUGCGAAGCAGAUCCCAUCAACAAACACGAUGAAAGUCACAUUUUCUUAAAGAUUAAGAAACCUGUGCUGAAACGACUUCGAGCAAAUAAACCAUUACUACAUCAUUUAUAUUCGGAUGCUAAUCAAAAAACUAUCCAUGCUAAAUAUUACAGACGAUCUUCUCAAUCAAGAAAUGGUCUAAAUGAAAUGGAAUUUGUAGCAAGUCCAAGCAUACCGGUUAUAUCUAGUCCUGAUUCCUCGAGUUCAAACCGAUUAAAUCUUCUAACCAGUGAUGGAGAUACUAAUAGUGAAUCGGUUAUCAGUCGAGCGCCAAUUGGGUUGUAUAAUAGUUCUUUGUCUAACUUUAAUAUAUCAUCUCCCGAAAAGCUUGCACAGGAAACAGUCCAAACAUUUAUUUCUACAAAUACUUCAGAUAUCCCUUGUUCACCUUCACCGUCUGUAACUACCAUUGCCUCUCAUGACGGUGAUGAUAUUCCCAUGUCGUAG